AUGAUCGGCUCGACGCCACGCGGGUCAAACUCGCAGUCAGAGCUUCUAACUGAGGCUCGAGAGGAAGCCUACAAAUUCAUUAUUGCCAUAUCUGGAUCGAUUUCUGUGCUAUCACUCCUCACAAUAUGUCUCGUUGUUCCCUCUAUGUACAACCUGGUGGAUAACAUUGGACAAUUCGGUCGGUUGGACUUCGCCUACUGCGAGAGUGCCAUGUCAGACAUGGAGCAAGAGAUGGUCUCCGUUCGAGAAUCUUACCGAGAAACCGCUUUGAAUCGAUCCUCCCGCGCAGCUAGUUACGGGCACUAUAAUCCGUCUAUGCUUGUAAAUGAUGCUCCCCAGUUCCAGGAAUGCCCAGCUUGCUGUGUUCCUGGCGAACGAGGCCCUACUGGAGAUCCAGGACUACCUGCGCUUCCUGGCGCUCCAGGUCCUGACGGAGCACCAGGGCGGCCUGGCACGACUCCGAAUGCAUCCUGCAUUCCGGAACGAGUGUUCGAGCCACCACCAUGUCUACCAUGUCCACAAGGUCCUAGGGGACUUCCUGGACACCCUGGCUUCCCUGGAGAUUCUGGAGAUCCUGGGAUUCCCGGACGGCCCGGUGCUGAUGGAUUACCAGGGAAACAAGGGGAACCAGGACCUGCUGGACCCCCAGGAGUACCGGGAAAAGCUGGACCACCUGGGGAUAAGGGAAGAACACCUGAAGCUCAUGUGAUCCCAGGACCUCCUGGAGAUCCAGGACCACCAGGACCAUGGGGACCACCAGGAAGUCCAGGAAUGCCCGGAGAGGAUGGCUACCCAGGAACACCAGGCGAGAAGGGAUGGCCGGGUCCACCUGGGGCGCCUGGACCGAUGGGACCACAAGGGCCUCCUGGUGCUGCUGGUGAAGAAGGACCGGCUGGAUCUCCUGGAACAUGUGUUUGCCAAGAUACUGAAAUUGUGAUGGCUGACGUGAAUGGAAAAAUUCCCGCCCCUAGAGAGUCAUACAAAGAGCCAGAGCCAACUCGUCCACCUCUGUUGAGGCAACCAACCGCUGAGAUUCAUGCUAACGACAUCAUGGAAGAAACCUUCUCAAAUAACGACAAUGGUGGUUAUUACAACAAACAAAUGCGGAAAAAGGUUAAGAAAAUGCGUCAGCACUAAUGUUUUCACCUUUUGUUGUGUUGUUGUCUGCUUUCGCUCAUGCAAAGUUCUCUUACCAUUUCCGUUGUUGUACAGAGGCAUAGUCUUGAGAACUUGUGCAAAUGAAUUCUAAGGGUCGAUUAUGUACUUUCUAAACUCCAGCAUUCUGUGCUGUUCGCAGUGUCCGAGGUAUCGUCA